AAUCUGUCAUUGCUUCUGAUAUCUUAAUGGUAUCAUAUUUGAUUGAUUAACACUUCCUUUUCAUGAUCCAGUCUUUGUGCAACCACAGUUCCGUUCAGCUCCAGAUUAGGUUUGAUGAUCAGCAUUGUGCCUGAUGAAUGAUAAUGCUGUUAAAAAUCUGGCUCAAAAACGAGCAGCAUUUUGGUUGCAAUGGAGAGCAAUGGUAAUUAGAAAUAUUUUGCUCAAAGUCAGGAAAAAGAAAACAACCGUUACAGAAAUAAUCAUGCCAUUGUAUAUCUUGAUGGCUCUAGUGUUCUUCCGAGCAGUAAUUCCAAAUCCUUUUUUUCCGAAGAUAGAUAAGCCAAACAGAAAUGUAAAUCUUUUUAACCAUUUCACAAAACUCAUAACAAACAAUAACUUUACAAUUGCAGUUGCUCCAAGUUCAAUACAUGUCAAGAAAUUUGUUGAUGAUAUCAACAAAAUUUGGAUAAGGACGAAAAGCACAGAUUCAAUCAAAUUCAUUUUCUUCAGAUCGGAAGAAGAAAUGUUGAAAAACUACUGGAGAAAUUCUGAACAAUUCCAACUUGGUGUGGUAUUUGCUCAGGACAACCCAUUUGAAACUGGUUUAAAAUAUGAAAUUCUGACGAAUCCAUCGUGGAUGAAGUGCCCAGAUACGUGUACACUGUACGCUCCUGAAACUGCCUGUCGUCAACCGCCGGAACACCCCUCUGCUGUGGGAGAUGAUCAUUUCUCUAGCCAAAUCAACUCUAUUAAUCCAUCAACCAAUACUGAUGUUGAGUGCCCUGCAUCCUCGUAUUAUAUGUCUGGAUUUGCAGCUCUACAGACACUAAUUGAUGUUACCAAAAUACAGGUCACAUUGCCAUAUAUGGAAGUCAUAAUUCCAAAUAUAACAAUACAGAUCUUACCAAAGGAAGCUUUUACAGCAGAUUGGAUGGUUGGAAUUAGAGUAAUUAUUCCUCUUUAUAUUGUCAUUGCUAUGUCUCAGUUUAUCAAUUCCCUCUUGAUACUUAUUGUGGGAGAAAAAGAACAACAAUUCAAAGAGGGAAUGAAAAUUGCUGGCCUAAAAGAUUCUGUGUACUGGUCAUCAUGGUUCUUUGUCUAUAUGUGGAUUGUUUUGAUCACCUCAGUGGCUGCUACUACUAUUCUUUGCUACUUGCAAGUAUUUCAAAAUACAUCAUACUUGCUGAUUUUUCUUCUAACAUUUUUCUAUGGCCUCUCAAUCAUCGUCGUCUCCUUUAUGAUGACACCUUUUUUCAAUGAAGCAAAGACUGCAGGAUUUUUGGGAAGUUUCAUUGUGAAUCUAGUAAGCUUGCUGUACUUCGUGCAACUGUUUGCUGGAAAAUCCAGUUUUACUCUUUGGAGCAUAUCACUUCUCAGUCCAGCAGCGUUCGCUCUUGCUAUGGAUAAGGCAUUGUUAAUGGAUUUGACUGGUAAGGGUGUUACAAUAAGCACUCUUUGGACAGAUCCUGGCUUCAAUAUCGGGAAUUGUCUUACCAUGCUGUGUGUUGAUAUUCUGUUAUACACACUGGUGACACUAUAUCUGGAUUCUGUUUGGCCUAGUAAAUAUGGUGUCAGAAAACAUCCUUUAUUUUGCUUUCAUUAUUUUGGGAGGUACAAAGAGAAUACAAAAGAGGACUUUUAUGAAAUGGAGGCCACAAAAAGGGUUCACACUCCAACAGACAAUAUAGAAGAAGUUUGUGAAGAACUCCAUAGUAAAGAAGCCAUUAGAUUAGUUGGUCUGUGCAAGACGUUCUCUAGCUGCAAAAAGUCUUCUGUCACAGUUCUAAAUAAUAUCAAUUUGGUAAUGUAUACGGGUGAAAUCACAGCCAUAUUGGGUCAGAAUGGUGCGGGAAAGUCUACUUUGUUCAACAUCCUUACAGGAUUGAUCCCUGUUACAGAUGGAACUGUCUAUAUCUUCAACAAAGACAUAAGAAACCACAAGAAUAUGAGUGAGAUCCAGGAAAUAAUGGGAGUCUGCGCUCAAACCAAUAUUCUCUUUGAAGACCUCACUGCAAGAGAGCACCUUACCUUUUUUGCUAGACUUAAGGGUCUACAGGCUGAAACGUUACACUCAUCAGUAGGCAAGAUCUUGCAAGAUAUUGAUCUUGAAGAUAAAGCAAACUCCCAGACCAAAGAUCUUAGUGGUGGCCAAAAGAGGAAACUCUCUGUUGGAAUAGCCAUAGUUGGAGACCCUAAGAUAAUUAUUCUAGAUGAACCCACUGCUGGCAUUGAUAUAUUUUCAAAAAGACAUAUUUGCUCUUUAUUACAAAGGAUGAAACACAAUAAAGUUGUGUUACUGGCCACCCACUCCAUGGAUGAGGCAGAUGAAGUGGCUGACCGAAAGGCAAUCCUGAGUCAGGGCAAGUUGCUCUGCUAUGGCUCUUCCUUGUUCCUCAAAACACGUUUUGGCAUCGGUUCAUGUUUGAGGGUUGAGUUGGAGGAUCUGUUACAUUCCAAGAGAGUUCUUCAGAUCAUCAGGAGCUAUAUUCCGACAGCCAAACUUUCUCAUGUUUUUGGAAAAGAACUCCAUUUUGUUCUGCCCAAUGAAUCUUUACAUCAGAUUGCCUCUCAUUUAAGUUUAAUGGAAAAUGAAUUAAAAUCAACAGAAAAUAAUUUGAAAAUAUUGUCCUAUGGUGUUUCUAUGUCUUCGCUUGAACAGGUUUUUGUGCAACUUAAUAAUAAUAAUGCUAGUGAGACAUUAGAGAAUGACUUCUUAAACACUGCUACUCAGUUGCCUCAGAACAACACUGAUGAAAUAUUGAAAACACACAAAGGUGAAUUGUGCCUGUUAAUGGAUGUGGAAUAUAGCCCUAAUUGGGUGCAAAUGAUGUGUGCCAUGCUGCGAUUGAGGAUCCUCCGUAUAUCCAGAAAUUUAAACCAAGUUUCUCUCAUGAUCAUCAUUCCCCUAAUAUUUGUAUAUUUGGGCUUUCAUGUGAACAAAACUAAUUACAAACCCUUUCAAAAUAGUACACUACUUUUAAAUCCAGACUUGUAUUCAAAUGUAACAAAAAUUGCAGUAUACGGGGAAUCAAAAGUAGCCAGGAAGCUAGCUAGAGAGAUAGACCCUGCAAAUAAUACAUUAAUGGUUGAGAGCUACAACUCCCUUUUGGAGACAAAACCAUGGUUGGGAGUUCUCCGCAUUGCCCAGAUGUAUAAUCCAGACAAGAUUGAUGUUACUGUUCUAUGUAAUGACACUCUGCAGCACAGCUUGCCUAUUAUACUCAACCUCUUCAGUAACUCUAUGUACAGGAUACUCCAUAGUAAACCAAAGCCUGAUGGUUAUAGCCAGAUACUGACAGUGAAGACACGUCAACUACCUCCCACUUCCCCCUCUCAUGAGCUCAACACCUCUAUAAUAGUGUCCUCUAUAAUGGUUGGCAUCACUUUUGUCCUGUUUCCUGUCAGUCUUGCUGUUGAAAUCAUAAACGAACGGAAGAACAAAUCCAAGCAUCUCCUGUAUUUGAAUGGUCUGCUGAGGAGUGUUUACUUCAGCUCGUACGUAGUGGUGCUGGGGAUAGUGCUGCUCGCCUUCUCUCUGUACAUCUUGGUUCUCAUGCUCUGGCUGGGAAGAGGCCCUCUCACUGACCCCAGGGCCUUCAUCGUUUUAAUACCAGUUAUCCUGGCCUACUGCCCAGCUGCUAUACUUUGUAUCAUCUGUUUCUCCUAUAUGUUUAAUCGUUCUCAGACAGCUCUCUCCAUCCUCCCCACUGUGGUCACUUGGAUGGGAAUCAUUCCUUUCAUUGUCGUCACCAUUUUGGAAGUCAUUGGAGUGGGAGGGAAAGUUCCACACUUUUUGAUGUCAAUAACCAACAUUGUCUACGUGCCUUACUCGCUGAUCUAUUUGGUCCAACAAGCUGCCACACUCUGCGAUGUCCAGCCAUCCUGCUCCCAUCCUAACUACAUCACAAUGGACAUUGCUAGUCUGCUGCUGGGAUCUUUACUACAGAUUCCAUUUUGGAGCUUAAUUCUUAGAGUUUUGGAUAUGCAUGAAACUGGUGGAAAACUCUCCGACUCAAUAAACCGUGUGAUGAAUAGGAAAUUGAAGUCAGAAAAUGUGAAUGACAACAAAACAGUCAAACUGGAUAUCAAUGAAAGUAAUAUAGAGGCUGAUGAACAAACUUUGUCAGUGAAUAACUGUCCAGAAACAUCAUCUAUUGCUGUUGUAGAGAACUUGACAAAGAAGUACCCAAACAGAACUCACUUUUGCUGCCAUAGGGCUGGUUCGCCUCCAUUGUUUACACAAGCCUUGCAUAACCUCACCUUCUCUGUACAACAAGGGGAAGUGUUUGGCCUGUUGGGUCACAACGGUGCAGGCAAAACCACAACUUUACGUAUUAUAUCGGGAGAAGAACAACCUACUAGUGGCUCUGUCAGGAUCAAAGGACAAAGUAAUAUAACAGGACUCCUGGGCUACUGUCCACAACAUGAUGUUUUUUGGCCCAACAUCAGUGUAAGGGAACAUUUGGAGAUCUAUGCAGCAGUCAGAGGUGUCAAGCCUCAUGCCAUAAACAGAAUGGUGGGAGGUUUUCUUUCUGGGCUACUACUCAGCAAUCACGCAGAAAAAUAUGCUCAACUCUGCUCAGGAGGUACACAGCGCAAGCUGAGCUUCGCUCUGUCGAUGAUUGGCAACACCAGUCUCGUACUGCUAGAUGAACCCAGCACUGGUAUGGAUGCCCUCUCAAAGCGAUUCCUCUGGAAUAUCAUAAGGAACACUUUCCAGGGGGAUAAGGGUGCUAUCCUGACCACCCAUUCUAUGGAAGAAGCAGAUGCCCUGUGUACUAGAGUUGGGAUACUGACCAAUGGCUCUCUAGGGUGUGUAGGAACAACACAGUAUCUGAAAGACCGCUAUGGCGGGGGAUACAUAUUAGAAAUGAAGCUCAAGUCUUCUUCCAGCAGAGACCAAGUGCAAGAACUUAUCAAGUCCAAAUUUCCUGGUAGUUCAGUAAAGAACUACUUGGCGGACAGACUGGUCUUCAGCAUACCCCAAAAUUUGGUUGUCUCCCCAGCCAGUGUGUAUUUCUUAAUAGAACAAGUCAAGUCAGAGAUGGGCAUCACAAUGUACAGUUUUGACCAGACCAACUUGGAGCAUGUAUUUUUAAAUCUUUCAAGCCAAGAAUGAUUUUGUUAUGUUUUUGCCUAUUGUGUAGUAUAUAUUUUUACAUUUUUUGAUACAAUAUAAAUAUUUUACUCUACUCUGUGA